UUUGGUUCACUUGUUUUUUUUUUGAAAAAAUUUCUAGUUUAAGCAUACAAGUAUGUUACCUUAUAAUAAUAAUGCACAGACACUUGCGACUACUAUAAGAGAUAAAAGACUGACUGGCAAAGGAUUAAUCAAACAGAAUAUAAAACGCGAAGCUCAUAGGCUACAAUUAUAUAGAACUUACCGAUUGCAAAAUUAUACGACUCAUCGAUUACAAUUACUUCAAACUCAUCGACUACGAUUAUAUAAUAGAUUAUUUAGUAAACAUAUAAUUAAUUUGGCAACAACUUAUGUUUGGAGAAGGCGGCUAACAUCUACUCAAAGAAACCGAUUUAUAAAUCUUGCAAAUAAUGCAAAUAAUAUCCGAUUUACAAACAAUCUUAGUACCAUUGAUCAAAUCGCUCGAUUAGCUACACCUCAAAUUACUGAUAAUCCUCUCGAUGAUGAUUUUUUUAACGGUGCGGGGAACUUUUGUAAUAAUAAUAAUAGCCUUGAUUCUCUAAUUCUACCUGCCGGAUGCCUAGGUUCUUCUUCAUCGUUCCCUUAAAUUAUAUUUUUUAUAUCACUAUUAAUGUACAUUUAUUUAUUUCAUUCAUUAAUUAUAUAUAUUUCUACAUAUUAAUUACUUAUCCAUUAGCAUAACUAUAAUUAGCAACACUCUAUAUUAUUUAAAUCUUCUCUUUUUUUUUCUUUUUUCUUUUAGUUCAAACCAAGCCACUUCCCUUGCUUGUUAUUUGAAUCACGCGAUGUUUGUUUGUAAUAUAAAUUUAGGCUUAUGAUUCAUUAUUAUGGAACUAAGGAAAAAUUUUUAUAAAUAUCAUUACUUUUAUUUUUAUGAUAUCUUUAUAGUAAUAUAAUAUUGUAUAUACUAUGUGGAUAAACUGAAUACAUAUUUCUUUGUUAAUAAUUAUAUUAACUUUAUUUGUUUAGUUAUAAAAAUAUAUAUAUAUAUAUAUUUU